AUGCUGCAUGACCUCUCGUGUCUCUCGGUGCGCCAUCUCUUUGGCCACGCCGAGUACUUGAAGGCAGCGUACAUGAUGUGUCUCGACCACCUCGAGAUGCGUGUCGAGACGCCGUUGCUCGAGGACCCGGCCUCGUUUCUGGCAACCUUUUUGCGGCUCGAGCGCCAAGUCUACCCGCCGCACGUGUCGCCAGGCGAUCGCCACACGUGGUUUGCGUAUCGCUUGCCGCGCGUCGCCUCGAUGCUUAUCGAGUCGUUUCAAGUCCGCCCGAAUGCGCUCGUCGGCAUCCUCUUGUCCAAGCCAGCGCUAUCGCCCGUGCACGUGCUUGUGCCGGUGCUGGCGUCGCUCGACUUUCGACCGACCAAGCUGCUGCUCGCCCGCUUUUUGGACCGGCUCGUGGGCCAGACCGUCGACGUGUGGUUCGCACUAGACCCGAAUGCGCCGACAGCCGCGUUCCAAGCGCUCGUGUGGCCGGCCACGCGCAGCGUCGUGCUUCUCGGAUGCGACGCGGCGCUGCGCGGGCUCGAGACCAAUGGCGAAGACCAAGACGUUUUGCUCUACUUUUACCCGUCGCGCUCAACGCAGAAGCAGCAGAAGAAGAAGCAGAAAACGACAGCGGGCUUGCACGACCCCGCACAUGCCAUUGUCACGUGCUUUCGCCACACGGACGCGCGACUCGUCGCACGUCUGCUGCGCGUCGUCGCCAAGCUGGACGCAAAGCGCCUCUUUGCCACGCUCUUGCGCGACCACAUCGCCGUGUUGGACGCCGACGCGCUCUCGUAUGCGGUCCAGACCUUGGGUCCUGUCGACGCGCUCCCGGGCCUCUUGGCACUCGUCCUGCGCGCAGCCAAGGUGGUCCCGAGCCUCUUGAGUGGCGUCGUCGCUUGGACGUCGCAGCUUCAAGACGAGUACUUGGCCAAGCCACUGACGACGCUCUGCCUCGCUGUCUUGUACGAUGUGCGCGACAACCUUGGGUUGGUUUUAUAA